GAAGAUGUCUGACAACCCAGAUGCUAUAAAUGUUGAUAGCAUCAUCACACGGCUGCUGGAAGUGAGAGGUGCCAGGCCAGGUAAACAGGUGCAGUUGUCGGAAGCUGAGAUUCGAGGUCUAUGUCUCAAGUCCAGAGAGAUAUUUCUGAGCCAGCCGAUCUUGCUGGAACUGGAAGCUCCUCUGAAGAUCUGCGGAGACAUCCACGGACAGUACACGGACCUGUUGAGGUUAUUCGAGUACGGAGGCUACCCCCCGGAAUCAAACUAUCUGUUCCUAGGGGAUUACGUAGACAGAGGAAAGCAGUCCCUCGAGACUAUUUGUUUGCUGCUUGCAUACAAGAUCAAGUACCCAGAGAACUUCUUUAUGCUGAGAGGUAACCACGAGUGCGCCAGCAUCAACAGAAUAUACGGCUUCUACGAUGAGUGCAAAAGAAGAUAUAACAUCAAACUGUGGAAAACAUUCACAGACUGCUUCAACUGUCUGCCAAUUGCAGCCAUCAUUGACGAGAAGAUAUUUUGCUGUCACGGAGGACUAUCGCCCGACCUCCAGUCCAUGGAACAGAUCAGACGCAUCAUGCGACCCACUGACGUCCCGGACACUGGACUCCUCUGUGACCUCUUGUGGAGUGAUCCAGACAAGGACGUACAGGGUUGGGGUGAGAACGACAGAGGAGUCUCGUUCACUUUCGGAGCAGAUGUUGUGUCCAAGUUUUUGAACAAACACGACCUUGACCUGAUAUGUCGGGCACAUCAGGUAGUAGAGGACGGAUAUGAAUUCUUCGCCAAACGACAACUAGUGACGCUGUUCAGUGCCCCCAACUACUGUGGCGAGUUCGACAACGCAGGGGGAAUGAUGUCUGUCGACGAGACACUAAUGUGUUCGUUCCAGAUCCUCAAACCCUCCGAGCGGAAAGCGAAGUACAGUUACGGAGGAAUGAAUUCUGGUCGACCGGUGACCCCACCCAGAAACCCCGCCAAAAAGAAGUAAACAGGAGGAAUAAACACGAAACAGGCGAUACUACAUGGACAGAAUAUCCGUAAAAAAAAACAAAAACUGAAACACCUAUCAACGGCCAUAGACCGGCUGAACUUGAGUUGAUGUUAUUAGAGUAAUAAUACUUUCAUGAUGUUUAGUUGUGAAUAUUCCAUCUAGUAUUAACAUUCGGCCGUCAGGUCAACAGCAGGUUAGACUCGACCGACUAGUUUUCUAACCCACCCGCCCCCACCCGACAUCGAAUGAAUCUACUAUACUACUGUUCUCGACCGUAACUUUUUUCAGAAUAUUAAUCACCAAAUUGCGAAUCGCACUGCUGACUAGAACUUUAGUUUACAGUUACUUGACUAGCAAAGCUCUUCCCCCUUCACAUUAUAUAUACUUUCCACCCAUGAAUUUUCAGGAUAAUCAUUAAAGUCAUUGGAAUCCAAAUUUGGAGAACUGUAAGAUAGAAUUAGGAAUUAUUAGACAUGGUUUGCGAAACUAUUGAACAUAAAAACCUAGUUAAAUUGUCCGUUUUUGAAACUGGAAUGAUCGAUUUUUGCCGUUUUGAGUGGUAAGAGCUUGCUAUAUCCAUGUUUUUAUCGUGUAUAUUCUAUUCGAGACCAAACAGUGCAAUUCGACACGUUGAAUUAAAAUCAGAUCGACAAAUUGACACCGAAGUGUUUUGCACAUUUGCGUAGCUGUUAGUUGAUUCCAUGAUUUGUUUGUCUGUCAAAUAUGCUCAGUCUAAUGAUUUUGUCGCAGAAAUGUUUCGAAAACCCUGUUUAUUUUGAAAUCACAGCGAACCAGAUACGUAAGAUAAACAAUUUAGAGAAUCCACAACACGUAUCCCAAUUCCAUCAAAGUAACACACAUUUUACAAGAACUAAAAGAACAAUGAUUACUUUGCAAUUGAAUUUAAUUACCAUCUUAUGAAGUUCUUGUAAUUCGUUUUCUGCUGCUGUGUCCGCGUUUUAUGCGUUUGGAAGACUUGUGAAAAAAGUGAAAUAAUUUGAAAUUUAUUGAAAUUCAAGUUCUCUAUUUCUUUACCGUCAACACAACUAGGAAAUGAGAUGAGUUUCAAAUGGUUUUCUAGAAGAGAAAAUGGAGAAGCUGAAUAAAUUGAGAUCUUAACCAAGUGUUCUAACCAUCAAAGAGUGUCCGUUUGUUUGUUGCUAAUCUAUUUGCAGUGAGUGAUUGAAUAGUAUAUCGAAAAGCCACCUAUGAAUUUAUGCGAUAAAUUAGUGAUAAAAUGGUUUGAUGCGAAAUAAAUAGUGGGUUGUUCCUUGCAUAAUUGCGGUCAAAAUUAACAGAACAUCUUACUAUACUAUGCAUUUUAUGUUCAGCUGGCACUUAAGCGUUAAAUUCAUUUUUAGUCAA